UUAAGCCCAUACAGCAGUUUAGACUUGAGAUGCGGCAAAAUUGAAAUGUAAAGAUAAAGUUUUAUCCCAAUAAUUUCAAUUUCUCAGAGGAGCAGAGCAAUGGCGUUCUUAGCUAGAUUUCCUUUAUCAAGCUUCUGUAUUGUAUCAUCCAAGUCAUUAGUGAUUCCUUUAAACCCUCUUACUCCAAUCCGAAGGGUAGUUCGUACUUUUUCUGUUUCCGCUUCUUCUUCUGUUCCUCCUACUAUAACUGAUAAAGCGGAGGAUAAUUCUCCAUCUUCAUCAGUAACAUUGAAGUCUACAUCUACUGAGAUUACUCCCUUAGUAACAGCAACAACAACAGCAGUGUCCAAAAGAUGGAAACCGAUUUGUCUGUAUUACACACAAGAAAAAUGCACCAUGAUGGACGAUCCUUUGCAUCUUGAGAAGUUCACUCAUGAUUUAUCCUCUGGUCUUCAAGUAAAUGUUGCUGAUCUUGAAAAUGUGCGUGCUCAAAAUCUAGAUUAUCUUUUGGUGCUCGACUUGGAAGGGAAAGUUGAGAUUCUUGAAUUUCCUGUUAUAAUAAUUGAUACAAAAACCUUGGAGUUUGUAGAUUUUUUCCACAGGUUUGUGAGGCCUACCAAAAUGAGCGAGAAGAGAGUGGAGGAAUAUAUUGAAGGAAAAUAUGGAAAAAUUGGAGUUGAUCGUGUCUGGCACGAUACAGCAAUCACAUUUGAAGAAGUAAUUCAACAAUUUGAAAUUUGGAUGACCAAUCAUCAUUUGUGGGAGCCGGAACAUGGAGGAGCUCUACAUCGAGCUGCAUUUGUUACUUGUGGAAAUUGGGAUUUGAAGACAAAGGUCCCUCAGCAGUGCAAAGAUUCAAGUAUGAAGUUACCCCCGUACUUCAUGGAGUGGAUUAAUUUGAAAGACAUAUAUCUCAACUUUUACAAGAGAAGGGCCACAGGAAUGGUAACUAUGAUGAAAGAACUCAACAUGCCAUUGGUUGGAAAACACCAUCUUGGAAUUGAUGACACCAAGAACAUUGCAAGAGUUUUGCAACGCAUUCUUGUAGAUGGUGCCCUGAUGCAGAUUACUGCAAGGAGAAGUUCCAGUUCUCUUGAGAAGGUGGAGUUCCUUUUCAAGAAUCGGAUCGUUUGAACUGCUUAUCUGAUGAAUAUCUGGUGAUUUUGGUGGCAGCAAGCUUUCUUCGUCGUGCAGGUUCUGUAUCAUCUCUUUCUUUCAUUUUACUGGUGAAAAUAAUAAAGCAACAUAUCUACCUGUCACCUUUCACGGCCACUGGGGAAUUUCUUAAGCAUCUGCUACCUCCACAGGCUUCACAGAGUGUUCAGGUUAAGACUCUGGCACCAAGGUUUAAAGUAGGCACUUGUUUUUUGUGAUUAUUAGUUUGUAAAAUAUUUCUAGCCAUAACAUAAUAUUGUUUCUGGUCACAAUGAAGGGUAUCAUAAAAUGAGUUGGUUUUCUUCAUGCA